AAGCUAAAGGGACAAAUGGCUGCAAUCGAGAGCGCAGACGGAUCACUGAGACCUGCAGAGGAUUUCAAAACUCCAGCAUGCCGAGAUACAAAAUCCUGCAUGAAAUUGCACCUGACAAAUAGAGGGGCUGCGGCCAUAGCAGCAAUAUCUCUGAUCACUGUGAUCAUUUUAUCCUCCGUUUUAUUUGUUUUAUAAACUCAUGCGCCAAACAUAUGGGGAGCAGCACGAGAAGAAGAAGAAGAUCCAACUUUUCCAAAUAAACAGACGGAAAACCUGCAGCAGUGCCAAAAAGAAUGUCAGGGCCUGAAAAUGAUGCUGCACUUGGCCACUCAGGACUCCAGAUGCAGUUUGUGUCCGGAAGGCUGGCUGUGGUGGAGGCGUCACUGCUACUUUUUCUCAGUUGGACUCCAGGAAAACCGCCGGUGGAAAGAGAGCGCCGAGUUCUGCCAGGAGCACAACAGCAGCCUGGUUGUGAUCAGAGACGACGCAGAGAUGGAUUUUCUCCAAGGAGUUAUGUGCAAUGCCACCAAAUUUCCUUUCCUGUGGGUGGGACUGACGGACAGCCAGCAGGAGGGACACUGGCUGUGGGUGAGUGGGAAGGACGUCCAGGACCACUUACCGCUGGCGGUGCAGUGGGACAGUGACGACAGGGACUGUGCAGACCUGAGGGGAGGUGGGACUCUGUUUGCUGCAGACUGUGAGGAGUACGGACCCUGGGCCUGCAAGAGAGAGUCCUGACCGCCUCCACGCCCUCCUUAUCUGCACUUACGUA